UGCUCUGCGGGCUGUUGGUGUUUUUCUCAUUGGCCGCCUGGGGAAGGCGGUCCCGGACGCGCUCUGCUCUGCUCUCUGGGGCGGGGACGCGCAGCGGACGCGGACAUGGCGGCGGCGUGGAGCCGAGCCCUAGGCCUCAUCCACAGCGCCGGGCGCCAGUUGUUGGCAUUGAUUCCCGGAGGAAACACGGGACCGGUUCGGAAUUACUAUGUGGAUUGGCGAAUGCUGAGGGAUGUGAAAAGGAGGAAGAUGGCUUUUGACUUUGCAGAUGAGAGGCGGCGACUCAAUGCAAUUCGGAAAAACACUAUCUUACCAAAGGAACUGCAGGAGGUUGCCGACCAGGAGAUUGCAGCUCUGCCAAGGGACAGCUGUCCCGUCCGGAUCCAUAAUCGCUGCGUCCUCACCUCGCGUCCGCGAGGGGUCAAGCGCAGAUGGCGCCUCAGCCGGAUCAUGUUCCGUCACCUCGCUGACCACAACCAGAUGUCCGGGAUCCAGCGCGCCAUGUGGUAGAUGCCACUGGGUUGGCAGGGUUUGGCUCGAGCAGCCUGCCCGUGGGACCCCAGCAAUGGGCACCUGAUCACUGGAGCCACCGUAACUGCACUGACUGUUUCUGGAGCUGGAGAGUGGGCUGCGACCUGAAUUACUGCCAUAACAUGCAGCAGCAAGUGCAUCUCAAGAAUACUUCCCAGGCUCUAGUGUUUGGAGUUUCAUAUUGUUAUAAAAUAUGUUGUUUUAAAAAAUGCCUUUCUUGAUGGAAUAUGAGCAAUGCCUUUCUUACUCCAAACCUUCUCCCUUGAAGUGAAAAGGACAAGAACGGGGGCAGUGCUUCGAAGACUGAUCGUAAAUAGCCUCUUCCUUUCCUGAAACACCAGUGUAGUAAACUUUUUCACUGAGGGGGAAAACAGUGAUGUUCUAAUGUUUCUCUUUUACCUCUGCCCAACUUAUGAAAAACACGGUGUGAGUUUUAUUUGGGUUUAAUUUGUCCGGUUUUGAAGUGUUCCUGCUCUGUACACCAGACUCUGGAGUCAUUCCUUGUCAGAAUCUCAUGUUUUUUUAUGCAUCAGUACUUAGAAAAAAGUGUAUGCAACUGGAUUUAAGACCCCACAUUAUUUAAAUGAUUAAAAGAUGACUAAACUCUA